AUGGGCGACGCGGCGCGCACGGAGCGCAUCAAGGUCAUGAUCCGCGUGCGGCCGCUCGUGGCCCUCGAGACGGACGGCGCGCACCGGUCGAGCGACACCGUGGUGGAGACGACGCCCACGGAGGUCGUGCUCCACGGGGCCGAGGCGCGGCACCAGCUCGCCUGCGCCUUCGACACGGUGCUCGGGCCGGGCAGCACGCAGGAGGACGUCUACGGCCACGUCGGCGACUGCGUGGACACCGUCGCCCAGGGCUACAACGCGACGGUGCUCGCGUACGGCCAGACGGGCAGCGGCAAGACGCACACGAUGUUCGGCGCCGGCGGCUGGAGCGAGUCGCCGGGCGGCUGGUCCGGCGGCGGCAUCAUCCCGCGGGCCGUCGCGGCGCUCUUCGACGCGCUGCCCCGGGGCGCGCAGGUCUUCGCGAGCUUCCUCCAGGUCUACCGCGAGCAGGUCUACGACAUGCUCCGCGACGGCGCGAUGGACCGGCCCCUCGAGAUCCACGAGGAGGCGCUGAGCGAGGGCGGGGGCACCUUCGUGAGCGGCCUCAGCGAGUACGGCGUCCGGUCCGCGGCCGACUGCGUCAACCUCGUGCGCGCGGGCGAGGCGAACCGCGCGACGCGCGAGACGCAGAUGAACGCGUCGUCGUCGCGGUCCCACUCCAUCUUCACGCUCCUCGUGGAGCAGAAGCGCGUCGACGACGACGGCGGCGGCGAGGUCACGCUGCGGUCCAAGUUCAACCUCGUCGACCUCGCCGGGUCCGAGAAGUGGGACGCGCGGCAGGCCAUGGGCGACGCGCGCGUCGCGGAGAUGACGCGCAUCAACCUGAGCCUCCACACGCUGGGCAAGUGCGUCGCGGCGCUCGCGGCGCGCGCGAAGCGCCGGGGCGGCGCGCCCGGCGACGCGGCCCACGUGCCCUACCGCGAGUCCAAGCUCACGCGGCUCCUCGCGGACUCGCUCGGCGGCAACAGCCUCACGCGGCUCAUCGCGACGCUGAGCCCCGCGGCGGACUGCGUCGACGAGAGCGUGUCGACGCUGCGCUUCGCGGACCGCGCGCGGUCCGUCGUCGUGUCCGUGCGGCGCAACCUGCGGCGGCCCGUGGACCACGCGCUCGUCCAGCGGCUCCAGUCCGAGGUCCAGCGGCUCCGGGCCAUCCUCGAC